GGAAACUCGCGGGGGCAUUAAAGGUUCCGCCCCGCCCCCGGCAGCGCCCUUUCCGUCUCCGGGAGCCGCCGCGAGAGCAGCCCACCGCUGCCAUGUCGGCCCACCUGCAGUGGAUGGUCCUUCGGAACUGCUCCAGCUUCCUGAUCAAGCGCAACAAGCAGACAUACAGCACCGAGCCCAACAACCUCAAGGCCCGAAACUCGUUCCGCUACAACGGGCUGAUCCACCGGAAGACGGUGGGCAUCGAGCCGGCCGCCGACGGCAAGGGCAUCGUGGUGGUGCUGAAGCGCCGGGCAGGUCAGAGGAAGCCUGCCACUUCCUAUGUGAGGACCACAAUCAACAAAAAUGCUCGGGCCACCCUCAAUAGCGUCCGACACAUUAUCCGCAAGAAUAAGUACCGGAAAGAUCUCCGCAUGGCCGCUCUGCGCCGGGCCAGCGCCAUCCUGCGGAGCCAGAAGCCAGUGGUGGUGAAAAAGAAGCGAACUCGCCCACCUAAGAGCACCUGAGGUGCCAGGCCUGCCUUUGGCUAAUAAAGUCAGACUGCCUGA